AUGGAGUAUAAGGAGAAGAGGAUCCACGAUGAUUUUCCGUGCAAGCUGGCGCUGUUUCCUGAAAGUACACGAAAAAGGCUUUUGUUUGUGCACUGCUCUGACUGGAAAACAUUUCGCCGAACGAGAGAAAUGAUUUAUGCUGAUCGAAUGACCAUUUCGGAUAUGGAAUCCUAUGAAACUUACGAGCGACAAAUUCCAUUUUACGGAGAAAUUUGA